CGCAGAAUUCCACAGCGUGAUUCCAUCAUGCUUCAUUUCACAAGUCCGUUUCGCUGGCAUAUAUGGACGUCACUUUGGGUCUUAAUCGCCAUUUUUCCAUUGGAAUCAAUCUCAUCCAAUCCCUGCCCAAAGAGACUGCCAGACCAGAUUUUGGCGAUGAUGGUGGGUCUGACAAUAUUGCUGAAUCCUCCAAAGAAACACCCAAUGUUAUCGUCGACCACCUGCGUACCGAUCAACAAGCUAAAUGCAACAAGAAAAUUGUGCACCUGAAGCAGCCACCAAACUUUAUCGCCAUGGGCUACUCCGGAUAUAUCUGCAAAGCCGAUGAAGAUACCAUCAUCAAACAUCCAAGGUACCUUCCCGAUAAUGAGCCUUAUAAUGAGAUCUACAUUCAGAACCAUGAUAAGCCAUCUGAAGCAAUCCGCGCCUCAUGGAUUCAAUCAAUAGUCGAGACAUUCUGGCAUAUCUAUUCUUGCAAGGUUCUCCAUCAGGAUGUCAAGCCCAACAAUAUACUUGUUCAUAAUGAUAGCCUGAAGGCCGCUGACUUUGCUAAUGCCGAGAUAUAUGCGUUGGAUGUUGAUAUGGAGGCUAUCUACAUGGAAGAACCUUUUCCGCGAGUCAAUAUACUCGGCAUUGGAUGCAUCAUAUAUUCUAUCGCAGCGUGGCGUGCCUUCUGGUAUGACUACUUUGAACAAGGUCCCUGGCCGGAACCAAGGGAUAUCCCUGUGACAACUGGUUUACUUUGUGAAAAUAUCAUCAGGAAAUGCUGGAGUAACAGCUAUGAGAACAUGCAGUCGCUGUAUGAGGACUUCAAUGCUUCCACUAGCACGGAUCUGCCGCUUGCGAAGGAAGAGUAA